CCAUGUCUGAGCUGGAGAAGGCCAUGAUUGCCAUCAUUGAUGCCUUCCACCAGUUCAGGGAAGGAGACAAGCACAAGCUGAAGAAAUCAGAACUGAAGGAGCUCAUUAACAACGAGUUGACCCAUUUCCUUGGCGAGAUCAAAGACCAGGAGACUGUGGACAAAGUCAUGGAGGCACUGGACAGUGAUGGAGAUGCAGAGUGUGACUUCCAGGAGUUUGUAGCCUUCAUUGCAAUGGUCACCGCUGCUUGCCAUGAGUUCUUUGAGCAUGAGUGAGCUGGUGGGAAGCAGACGAGCACGUCCUGCUCAUGCCAGAGAGAUGCAGAGCAGCGUUGCUCCUCCGGCAAAAAGACUGGGUGUGAUUAGAGGCUCCUUGGAGUUAAGCUUGUGCUAGACUUAAGCAGCUUAUUAAGUUCUGUGGCUUUGUGAGC